GUUGUUUUUGUCCAACAUAACAGCUUGCCUGUUGCAUGAACCUAAGCUCUUCCACUGCGCAUCUGUCCACCCGUUGCUGGUCUCCCCCCAUCUGUCCGCUUUUGCUGUCCCCCUUGCUCCAUGCACAGCACGAAUGCCGGAUGCCAGCUCAGCACAUUAGCAUUCCUGGACUGCACCUGUUAUUCCAAGCUGCCCGAACGUAGAAGCCGCUUGCUUCAGCCUUUUGCCGGUUAGGGUUAGUGAGUUACCGUGUUUAUUCACCAGCCGUCCCGGUUUCGGUGUCUUUAAUCACUUCCAGUGCUACGCAAUUUGGAAGGUAGGAUCGCGUUUCCGAGUGAUCAGACCCUCUAGAUCCUCCCUCUUUUUCCCCUAACGGGAUUUGUACUUUUCAGCAUUUUGGUUGGACCGAUUCACCAUCGAAGUUUUUCCGUCAGCAACUAGCUUGCGACCUGCCUGCCUUUCUGUGUGCCUGCGCGCAUCCUAGAACGGACAAUUAUUGAGUCGACCCAAAGAUCACCUCUGUGCGUGCGUGCCUCCGAGAACGGACGAUUAGUCAAGCCUGCUUCCGCUCGCCUUUUCGUCAUCGCAAUCCGUCCCCUCAUCGCGGUGUUUACCACGUCGCACUCCAGGAAUCAACACAGCUGUUGCGCUUAGCUAAACGUCAGUCGCCGCACUUAUCGCCAGCAUACCCGUCAGAACUCUCUCGCUGACGCACGUUUCGUCUAAGGCUCGUUCCACAACGCCCUUAAUUACCUCAAUAACAGCCUUCGUUUGCUCUCAGAACGCUCCUCCUCGACGUUCUUAGCCAUGCGAAACCCUAAUCGCUUGCGGCCUAUCUGACCGUCAAGCUGGCGUCUCCGCGCUUCCCGGAUCAUGAGUCCGGGCUUGCCGCUUGCUGAUCCGCACGGCAGCGGCGGCGGCGGCCUUGGAGGCGGCGGACCAGGUACCGCAACUCCCGGCGCGAUUCCCAGCGCAAUUUCCGGCGCCGGAAACGGCGGUUUUGGCUCGGAAGCGGGCGCUCUGGAGCAGCACGACGGGAAUCAAGCAGCGGCUGCGGCGGCUGCGGCUGCGGCUGCUGCUGCUGCUGCUGCGGCGGCGGCGGCUGCUGGUGGAUGGAUGUUGCUCCCGCCAGCCGGCUCUCUCCAUAAUCACGCCGCGCUAUUAUCACCAGCUGCAGCGUCCGUGCAGCACAACCACCUGCUCGCUUCGUUAAAAUCAAUCGCGGGUAUUCCAGGAUUUUCGCCAGUCAGCGCAUCUCAGCCGUCCAUCUCCCUAUCGCACGGCCACGUGCCGUUCGCGUCUCCUUACCCAGGCAAUUCUGCGGCUCUGAUCCCGUUUCUCCCCCCUGGUGCCCAUCAUCCAAUCAGCAGCCUCCACAUCAGCGGCGCCGCACCAGGGUUGAAUCCUAGCACAUUAGGUAACCCGCUAUUCGCAUCUUUAGGAGGCUCUGGCGCCGCGUCCCCGUCCGGCUCGGCUUUAAUCCCCAUGCAAGCCCCUGUCAUGCCCACGCACCCCGGCUUCCCAACCAACGGUUUCGUCUCGUCUCAUUUCGACCCUGCAGCCGCCGCUGCCGCCGCCGCAGCCGCCGCCGCCGCCGCUGCUGCAGCCGCGACAUACCCGCAGCCGGUUUCCGCAUCUCUCCCCGUCGCGGGGGGCGUUUCCGCCGCCGCCGCAAACGGCGCGGGCGGUUUGAUCCCCGCUGCUGCCAUCCCCGCUUCCGCCGCCUCCGCUUCCGCCGUCGCCGCCGCCGCAGCAGCAGCAGCGGGGCGGCUCAGUGCCGUCAAGGACCCGCUCGGCUAUGCUGCUAUGCUCAGGUCGCGUGGGAAAGUAAACGAGGCGCUCGCUAUAUACGAGGCGAUUAUAGCGGAGAGAUUAGGAGCAGCUGUGACUAUGACGAGGGGAAAUGGAACGGGUAGUGGCGUGGGGGCGAUAGGAGGGGUAGCGGGCGCGGGGGGAGGGGGAGGGGGAGCGGGAGGGGCGGGCGCCGGGGGGGCCGCGGCAGCAGCAACGGCGGAAGCGCUGGUGGGGAAGGGGCAGUGUCUGCAGGCGCAGGGGAAGCUGAGCGCGGCUUUUGAGGCGUACGUGUCCGCGCUACAGCUGAACCCGACGCAUGCUGUAGCGCUGACGCAGUGCGGAGUGCUGUAUAAAGAGGAGGGGCACUUGCUAGAGGCGAUCGAGGCGUACAGGAAGGCACUAGAGGCGGACCCAGGGUGCAAAGAAGCCCAAGAGCAGCUGGCCGUGGUGCUGACUGACUUGGGCACGCGGCUGAAGCUGGGGGGGUCGGUGCAGGAGGGGAUUGCCAAGUACUACGAGGCCAUUGCCGCAGACCAGAGAUACGCGCCCGCCUACUACAACCUGGGAGUGGUCUACUCGGAGAUGGGGCAGUAUGAAGCAGCCCUGCAGUUCUAUGACAAGGCCGUGGCCUUGAGGCCGCUGUAUGCAGAGGCGCAUUGCAACAUGGGGGUAAUAUACAAGAACUGCGGGGAUCUGCACUCUGCCAUUGCGUGCUACGAACGGUGUCUAGCUGUGGCUCCCAACUUCACCAUUGCGCGCAACAACAUGGCCAUUGCGCUCACGGACCUGGGCACCAAGGUGAAGCUAGAGGGAGACAUCUCGGCAGGCGUGGCGCACUACAAGCGCGCACUGCUGUUCAACUCGCACUAUGCCGAUGCCAUGUACAACCUGGGGGUGGCGUAUGGGGAGAUGCUCAAGUUUGACAUGGCGGUGGUGAUGUAUGAACUAGCUCUUCACUUCAACCCGCAGUGCGCCGAGGCGUGCAACAACCUGGGCGUGAUCUACAAGGACAGGGACAACCUCGACAAGGCGGUGGAGUGCUACCAGAAGGCGCUCCGCAUCAAGCCCAGCUUCUCGCAGUCGCUCAACAAUUUGGGAGUGGUGUACACUGUGCAGGGCAAGAUGGACCUAGCGCUCAACAUGAUUCAGGCUGCCAUUCUCGCCAACCCUGCAUAUGCCGAGGCGUACAACAACCUGGGCGUGCUGCACAGAGACGCGGGCAACAUCCCAGCGGCCAUAGAGGCCUACCAGCAGUGCCUUGCCAUCGACCCCGACUCGAGAAAUGCCGGGCAGAACCGUCUGCUGGCAAUGAAUUACAUUCACGAGGGGCUGGAUGACUCUCUGUUCGUGGCUCACCGUGAUUGGGGCGAGCGCUUCUCGCGCCUCUUCCCGCGCUUCUCCUCGUGGCCCAACUCGUGCCGCCCGGAGCGGCGCCUGGUGGUGGGGUACAUCUCGCCGGACUACUUCACCCACUCCGUGUCAUAUUUCAUCGAAGCGCCCCUCACCUACCACGAUCCCAAUGUGGUCAAAGUGGUGGUCUACUCUGCGGUGGUCAAGGCUGAUGGGAAAACAAGCCGCUUCAAGGAGAUGGUGCAGAGUAAGGGCGGGGUGUGGCGGGACAUAUUCGGCGUGGACGAGAGGCGGGUGGCGGCGAUGGUGCGGGAGGACGGGGUGGACAUACUGGUGGAGCUCACAGGCCACACGGCCAACAACCGGCUGGGCGUGAUGGCGUGCAAAGCUGCGCCCAUUCAGGCGACGUGGAUCGGAUACCCCAACACCACGGGGCUAAGGGCGAUUGACUACCGGGUCACCGACGCUCUGGCUGACCCUCCGAGCAACAAGCAGAGGCAUGUGGAGGAGUUGGUACGCCUUCCAGGAUGCUUCCUCUGCUACACACCCUCGUCCGAAGCCGGCCCUGUGUGCCCCUCACCCGCCGUGGCCAAUGGCUUCGUGACAUUUGGCAGCUUCAACAACCUGGCGAAGAUAACACCCGCGGUAGUCCGGUUGUGGGCUCGCAUCCUUCUCGCCGUCCCCGGCUCUCGGUUAAUGCUCAAGUGCAAGCCGUUCACAUGCGCGUCCAUCAGCCAGCAGCUGAUGGCGCAGCUAGAAGCCCAGGGCGUGAGCCCCCUGCGCGUGGACCUACUGCCGCUGGUGCUGCUGAACCACGACCACAUGCAGAGCUACGCGCUCAUGGACAUCAGCCUGGACACCUUCCCCUAUGCGGGGACUACAACAACCUGUGAAUCGCUCUUUAUGGGGGUCCCCUGUGUCACGAUGGGGGGAAGGGUGCACGCGAACAACGUGGGCGUGUCUCUUCUGACAAACAUGGGUCUGCCCAACCUGGUGGCUCGGAACGAGGACGAGUAUGUAGCCAUAGCCACGCAGCUGGCCUCAGACAUCCCUCAGCUGGCCUCGCUCCGCGCCUCCAUGCGACCCCGCAUGCUCUCGUCCCGCCUCUGCGACGGGCCGGCUUUCACACGCGACCUUGAGGCCACCUACCGCUCGCUCUGGCGCCGCCACUGCCUCGACCACGCCAGUUCGUCCCCUGCUGCUGCUGAGGCUCGGACUCGCGGUGCUGCUGGUGCUGCUGGUGCUGGUGGGAGUGCUGCUGCUGGUGCUGCUGCUGCUGCUGGGGUUGAUGGUGGUGGUGGUAGUGGUGGAGUUGGGGUUACUGGUGUUGCUUCUGUUGAUGCUGCUUCUGGUGGUGCUGGUGCUGCCGCUGGUGCUGAUGUUGAUGGUGCGGCUGGUGCUGGCCCUUCUGGUGGUGGUGGUGCUGCUGCUGGCGGUAGCCUAAGGGAAGGUGUGGCAAGGGGACUGGGAGGGAGCAGGGGUGAAGCGAGGGACAGCAAAGGAGGGAGGGCAGGCAGUAAAAAGCAAGGGGAGGGGGGGAUAAUGGUGGGCGCAGCAGGGGAAGGGGAGCUGAGGAAGGGAGGGAAGUCAGCAGCAGGAGGUGGGAAAGCAGCAGCAGGAGGAGGAGGGGGAGGGGUAGGGGGAGGGUGCACGAGGACAGCAGAGGGGGUAUCUGAAGCGAUGGCCACAGUCGGGUCAAGAGAAGCUCCCGUGGAAGACAGCAGGGGCGGGGGCAGCAGCAGCAGACGGGGCGAGGGUGCGCCUGGCCUGGACCGACCAGGGGGCAGUGAAGGCCCGGCAGCAGUAUCAACAGCGGACGGGGGUUCUGACAGUGGCGGCAAUGGUAACCGCCACACCGCUGCUGGGACGGACACUCUGAGUGCCGGCCUCAGGUAGGCUGAGGCGCCUCUGGGCGCCCCGAGUGCUGGCGUUGGAUAGAAUGACGCUCCUCGAGAGUGUUGGCAGGCAGGGGUACUGGCUGGCAGGGGCAGCAACCGAAACUGUUCACCGCUGCUGCUGGGACGGACACUCGGAGUGCCAGACUCAGGUAGGGUGAGGCGGCUCAGGGCGCCCUGAGUGCUGACUUGGGUGGCAGCAGAAGGGGCGCAGGCAGCCGUCUCCAGUGAAGGGGGUUUGACCGUGUGACUCAUAGUGUAGCUGCUUAGGAGAGGGAUGGUGAAUGUGAAGGGAAGGACAGAGAUGGCGAGGAUGUGAAGUCACUCGCAUGGAGUGUGCGGAUGCAGGUUCAGCUGCAACACACAGGCGGUGGCUUGUAGUGAGGGAGGUGUGACUGUGUGACUCAGAGUCCGUCGCCCUGCUUGUGAGAGGGGUGUGGCUGCAACACACAGGCAGCGGUUUCCUCUCAUAGGGGACUAUUCAGGGAUGUUCCCCUGGUGCUUGUUGCUUGUAGUUUACACACAUUGCUUUUAGUGAAUGAGGGGGUGUUGGGGGUGGGGGAGAGGAGGGUGGUAGGAGGGGGAAGGGGUUGGGGGAGGGGAGGGGAGGACGGAGGAAUCAACCCGGGGAGGAUUCACACUUCUAUGGGAAUUGCUGCUUGGCGUGCAUCUCACUUCAGAAGCUCAGAACAGGAUAGUAGCUUUGCAGGCUGGGCCGAGCCAUGGCUUCGGAAACAACUUGAAGAGGGAUAGGAUGGAUGCAGGGUUAGUUUAGAUGGUGGGCACUCAGCCCCAGUAAAAGGGUUGGUGCGAGGAGUGAACAUGUUGCUUUGUCCAGGGAAGGAGUGUCAUAUAUCAAGAAGUUUUGUGAGUGCAUGAAGCGAUCCAAUAUGGACCGUAGGAUGUACAGGAUUGAACUGCAGUAAUGCGCUUUGCGGAAGCGAUUGAUUG